AUGUCUAGCAACAAAUUGGGCGUACACCCACAGAGGGAGCCUGGUGUCGAAGAUGCUAGAUCCAACAUGAGUCACCAUGAUUACUCUGUCGCAUGGAUAUGCGCAUUGCCAAUGGAGCAAACUGCGGCGAAGGCAAUGCUGGAUAAGUUUCACGACCCUCUCACCAAGCCCAAGGAAGAUCAUAACGCGUAUAUAUUGGGAUCAAUCGGCAAACACAACAUCGUCAUAGUCUGUCUCCCUAAAGGGGAAACAGGGACCAACUCAGCGACAGCCUGCACGACACAGAUGGCUCGCACGUUUCCAGCUAUUAAGGUCGGCCUUAUGGUUGGGAUUGGACGUGGCGUCCCACCAACCGUCAAAUUGGGCGACGUCGUGGUUAGCACACCCGUUGAUCAAUAUCCUGGCGUUGUGCAAUGGGACUUCGGAAAGGCGGAGAAAGAUGGCAAGUUCAAAAGGACUGGCGCCCUUAAUAAACCCCCAAGAGCGCUCUUGGCGGCGUUAACGCAGGUUGAGAGCGAUCAUGAGAUGCACGGCUCGCUGAUUCCUCAGUACCUGGACGAGCUGAAGGAUAAAUUUCCAAAAUUAGCACCCAAGUAUGCCUGGUCUGAAGCUAGGAAAAAUCGUUUGCAAGAAGAAGACACAUGCAAUUCUGACCCCGAUGAUAUUGUCGUCCAUUACGGGUUAAUUGCAUCCGGGAAUCGGGCGAUCACGGAUGCCAGCACCCGUGAUAAGAUUAACGAGAUGUUUGGAGGGAAUGUUUUGUGCUUUGAGAUGGAAGCAGCAGGACUAAUAGAUAUCCCCUGUCUGGUUAUUAGAGGAAUAAGUGACUAUGCGGACUCAAGCAAGAACGAAGAUUGGCAGGGAUCUGCCGCAGCUGUAGCGGCGGCAUUUGCCAAGGAAUUUCUGGGAUACAUCCAGCCAAACGACGUUGAGGGAGAGCUACCAAUGGAAGAUGCCCUGGACUGGAUCCAUGCCGAUCUAGCUACCACUCAGGGGGAUGUGGCGUAUAUCCGUCUGGAGAUAGAAAACAAUGACGAUCGAAAAAUUCUAGACUGGCUCACGCCAAUUAAUUAUGGACAAGAACAGAGUGAUCACUUUAAAAGGCUACAGCCGGGAACUGGGAAAUGGCUCAUCGACUCAAAAGAAUUCCAAUACUGGUUGAAUACCGAUAACCAGACCCUUUUCUGUCCUGGCAUACCCGGGGCUGGCAAAACAACUCUGACCUCGAUGGUGAUUAAUCAUGUCGGUUCCAAGUUCAACAAUGACGCGGAAAUUGGAAUCGCUUAUAUAUACUGCAGCUACCAACGGCAAGAAGAACAAGAAACCGGAAAACUGCUAGCCAGCGUGCUAAGGCAGCUGACUCAAUGCUUUCAUCCACUGCCGAAGAGCUUGAAGAACCUCUAUAGCGUGCAUGGAAUCAAACAGACUAGACCGUCCGAGAAUGAACUACUUGAAGCUCUUCAUUUCGUUGUGCGGAGAUAUUCGCGAGUCUUCCUCGUCAUCGAUGCACUUGACGAAUGUCAAACAUCCAAUAACCGCAUAUCCAACUUCCUUGAUAAGCUCGUCGAACUUCAAAGGAAGUAUGGAGCAAACAUUUUCACCACAUCUCGAUACAUUCCGCACAUUGUCAAUUACUUUGGAAGUGGCAUGUCGCUAGAGAUUCGUGCGCGCAAGGAUGAUAUAACGAGAUACAUCAAUGGCCGGAUGGAUCAAAUGCCUUUCCACGUCCAGGCCAACGAGAAGCUGCAAGAAGAAAUUAGGGCCGAAAUCGCAGAUGCUGUCGAUGGAAUGUUCCUCCUCGCCCAGAUUUAUGUUGGCUUUCUCAAAGACAAGAUGACGCCCAACGACGUGAGGGCAAGUUUAGCAGGGUUUCGGAACCAACGGCAAGGCCAUGGCGAAGAUGGUCAAGUUCAAUUACUCUAUCAAGCAUACAGCCAAGCGAUGCAGCGAAUAAAUAACCAGCCAGAGGGUUUCAAGAACCUCGCAAUGAAGGUUUUACUUUGGACUACACGCGCGAUGAGGCAGCUUACCACGGUGGAGCUUCAACAUGCUCUGGCAACCAAACUCAAAAACUCCGAAUUUGAUCAUGGUGAUAUCCCUCACGUCGAAGACAUGGUCUCCGUCUGCGCCGGAUUGGUAAUGUUGGAUGAGGGCGGUCUCAUUGUUCGACCGGUUCACUAUACGACGCAGAUAUUUCUCCAAGCAACCCUAGACUCCUGGUACCCAGUUAUAGAGAGCUUGCCUACAGAAAUUUGCAUUUCCUACCUCUCGUUUGCCAAAUUCGGGGCUGGACCUUGUGAAACCCACGAAGAAUUCGAGGACCGAUUACGGCGCUAUCCGCUCUACGACUAUGCUGCAAAGAAUUGGGGCCGUCAUGCAAUCAAAGACCCGAAAUCGGUUGAAAAUGUUAUUGAAUUUCUACAAAAUACUUCUACCAGCGAGGCAGCCAGUCAAGUGCUGUUGAUAGAGGAUACAGGGUCAUGGCGGGAGUCAAAACAAAAUUUCGGGGAGACCCUUCCAGGAAUGCACCUGGCUGCAUACUUUGGACUGGAUACGAUCGUGAAAGAGUUGGUGACCAUCGGGCAUAGCCCCAAUGUGAUGAAUAAUCGCGAUAAGAGUCCUGUUUGGUAUGCAGCUAUGAAUGGAAAGGCUGACACGAUGAAUGUUCUCUUAGCAGCUGGAGCCGAUGUGGAUGGCGGGUCCAGUGUGUCAACUGCUCUCUACGAAGCAUCUCGCAUCGACGGCUUGGGGACUGUGAAGUUAAUUUCGGCUGCGGGAGCCGACAUUGAAGAUAGGAGCGGAACUUGGGAGGGAUAUACACCGCUCCAGGUCGCAGCUGAUAAAGGCCAUCUCGAGGUUGUAGAGGCCUUGUUAGCCGCUGGAGCUGGUGUGAAUGCGACUGCUGGUGCACUUUCCGAAGUAACAGCACUCCAAAUAGCAGCUGAUAGUGGUCAUCUUGACAUAGUUGAGAGACUGCUCGCAUAUGGAGCUGACGUUGAUGCUCUGGGCUCUUCGAAAUAUGGAUAUACCGCUCUCCAAAUAGCAGCACUUCGAGGUCACCUUGAGGUUGUGGAGAGAUUACUAGCAGCUGGAGCUGAUGUGAAUGCUCCCCGCUCUGAGGAUUAUGGAUAUACAGCACUUCAAGGAGCAGCCGAAGGAGGUCAGAUCGAAAUUGUUGAGAGACUUGUCGCUGCAGGCGCUGAUUUCAAUGCCCCUGCCUCUCAAUUCAAGUAUACCGCUCUUGAAGCAGCAGCUAGACAAGGCCACUCGGAAAUUGUACAUUUAUUGAAGGAGGGGGGUGCUCUUGAGUGA